AUGGAAACGACAAGAUACACUCUUCUAACUCCAAAAGAAAGAGCGAGGCUCGUGCUGAACUCGGCGUUCGCGGACAGCGUUGAAAAAUACGUGAAGGCGUACAAAAAGAAGCAAGAAUCGCGCACAGAUGUUGAAAACAGGAACGCGGAUAGCCCGAUACAGAGCGAUGUUUUAAGCGGCGCAACAUCUUCGAUCGAGGGCGCCGGGACUAAUUCACAAUGGCAUCCUUCGGAUUUUUAUGUUUCAAUGCUCAAUUUUUCUCUGGGAUUUGGAACAGUACUUGGCUUCCCAAGAUUGUGUUAUAAACACGGAGGAGGUAAGCAGUGGGGAGUCAAUUACGAUUAAACAUGGAGGGUCUUUUCUCCGGUGAGGUUUUUGAAAAGGAUGCAUUUGUAUCCGGGGUGUUUUCGCCGGUGGUUCGUUCUAAACUUGGUUUCCCAAGAUUGUUAUAAAAAUGGUGUAUAGAUAUUUUCUGUGGGCCUUAAAAUAGCUUUUACAGGGCCGUCUGACAAAAUGUCCGAUGAGAUUGGGUCGGACAUAUGUAUAUGAUGAUGUCCGAUGACCUUCAGUUCAGUUUGGCUCGGAAAUAAGUCUGAAUGACACAAAUUAAUAUCACCACAAUGUAUUAAUUCUGAACUAAAUAUUGUGAAGAUAUUAAAUAAUUUCUGUCAUUCAUACUUAUUUCCGAACCAAAAUUAACUUGCUUCCCAAUAUAUAAUUAUUCAUGUGGAAUAUAUAAUUAUUCAUGUUGAAGACUUCGACAACUUAAACCUGUUUUCCACUUCAUCAUUUCGCUCGCCACCCCCGCGUUCGACUACAUUAAAACAACAUUUCUAGUUCACUUUUUAUACCGGUACUCUGAUUCUCCAUUUAACAUACGAGCCUCUAAUCCUGGUCCCUGGACUAGGGUACUUUUUGAUUUACGUUGGACGAAGCUACAGUUCGGUCGGACACAAAUACACUUGGGUCGGACAAACAAUAAACCUCAGUUUCACUUAGGUCGGACAGAAUGUCCGGUGGUUUCCACUCUACGUCGGACAAUUUCACGAAUGGGUCGGCCAAUGCCCGUGACCGAACGAUAUUUUAAGGGUAGAAGGGUCUUUUCUGCUGUCGAGGUUUUGCCGAGCUCCCUCCCUGAUCAUGGGGGAUGAAUGUUUAUAUUAGUUCACUGGAAGUGACUCGCGUCAUGUUGUCACUGCAUUUUUAAAUUUCUACCUGCCGAAUAAGAAAUAAUAAUUAACAUUUUGCCCAAAAAUGAAUAUUUUUCACAGCGUGACCGUGUCUACGAUCGAUGUGUAUAUAACUCGUUGCCAUAAUAAUGACAUGGCCCACAUUGGACCACGCAAAGAUGUUUGUUGUCUGUGGCAGAAUUUGAAAAAGAAUUUAGGCCAAAAAAAAUAUAUUCCAUCUCUGUCCAAACUUGAAAAAGAUUUCAGAUUUCGCAUCAGAAGUCAUAUCAUAUGCCAGCAUGACAAUCUUAUACAACUAGUCGCGUCGUCAUGCAUGUAACUGGCCCUUAAGGCCCUGUCACACUAUUGCGUAUGAGAGAAACGUAUGAGAAGCGUAUGAAAAUUAAUGAAAUAAUUUUCAUACGCACAAAAAUCCUUUGAAAUGCCAGCGUAUGAGUACCGUACAUCUGGCGUACCUCUAGCGUAUUCAGCGUGUGCCUAGAGUAUGCUUAUCGUAUAAGGCAUACGUCCGAUACGCACAAAAUUUUUGAACAUGCUUAAAAAAAAUUUUCUGGCUCGCCGUAUGCCAGCGUAUGCCACCAUAUGCGACCGUGUUUGAAACGUAUACAACCUACGCCUAACGUACCCCUAGCGUAUACCGGCGUAUGAGUGAUAUUUUUCAUACGCUGGCAUACGCUAGUAUGAUACGCAAUAGUGUGACAGGGCCUUUAAACAAUCCACUUUUUCUGCCCACAAGCUGCACCUAAAAAACACUAAAUUAAAAACAUUUCGAAAGAAUUAAGGCGCUUCGCCUGAAAUUUUGGUAGCUUUUCAAGACAGAGGAACCGUGCCCCUCUAACCUUUAACGGGGGCUUAAAAUGGAUUUAUCCUAACAUAAGGCAGUCGAAGAAAAUGAUUUUUUGGAAAUCGUUUCUCAAAAACUGCGCUAAACUAAUUAAUGUCAUAAUUGCUUGCAUAAUUAUUGCUAUAAUUUAUGCAAGCACUUUGCAGCUGUUCUCGUCAGAGACACCGAAGCGAAGAUUAGUAUAUUUGCCAGUCUCGGGGAAACUGCCUCAUUAAAUAUCCAUUAAAACUUUUAAAGAUGAUGUCAACUCCGUUCUGCGCAUCAGUUCUGCUCGUAACAAAGGGGGACCCCCAGAUAUAAACAUUGCCCAAAUUUUACAUCUUUCGAACGUUUUUGAAUUGAAACGUAAAGUUUAUAUUCAUUUACAAGUAUAACGAACCAGAAAAGUGUUAGAUAUUCAGUUAGUAUAUCAUAUUUUACAAAUAUAGAGUUAUAUAAUGUAAACGAUAGUCUUCAUUUUGGCCUUAUUUGUGAUCUAUUUUGCAGUUAUUUUCAUGAUUCCCUAUCUAAUCAUGCUGUUUCUCGAGGGAAUUCCCUUGGUUUGCGUCGAGAUUGCCAUUGGUCAGCAUUUCCAGGAUAAAUUCUUACUCAGUACAUGGAGACGAGUUCAUCCUAGCACGAUUGGCCUCGGGAUUAGUGCGGUGUUUAUAUCAUUUGUCACUAUCAUCUAUUUCAAUGUGAUCGUCGGAUGGUGCGCCUCGUACUUCGUUUAUUCAUUACAGCGGUGUCUACCAUGGACGUCAUGCCCAGAAGGUGUCGAGGCAUGCACCAAUAGCAGCAGUCCUUCUGAGUAUUACUGGUAUCAAACAAAGCUCGGUGUCGCUGAAAAUAUAAAUUCUUUGCAAGGUAGAUAGAAGUUAUGCAACUGAGCUAAACUUUUCCUUCACUGGACGCUCUGUUCUCCCCAGAGGUCCUGUAAGGAUCAUCUCUUAUUGAUCCAGUGUUACUACAGAAGGAACCCUAAACUAAACUAACUUUAUUUAUACUGGAUAGCUUUAUCAGUUCUAAACUGUUCUUCCUAGAGGUCUAGUAAGGAUCAUCUCUUAUUGAUCCAGUGUUACUACAGGAGGAACCCUAAACUAAACUAACUUUAUUUAUACUGGAUAGCUUUAUCAGUUCUAAACUGUUCUUCCUAGAGGUCCAGUAAGGAUCAUCUCUUAUUGAUCCAGUGUUAUACUACAGGAGGAAACGUAAACUAAACUAACUGUAUCGAUACUGGAUAGUUCUAUCAGUUCUAAACUAUUCUCGCUACCUUUCUUUCCAGAUGUGAACUGGGAUCUUUACCUCUAUGUUUUUAUUUCAUGGGUUCUUGUUUUAUUUUACAAUAUCAAAGGUGUCAAAUAUGCUGCCAAGGUAAGUGUAAUACGUUCUAAGUAUGCCCAGUAUAUGUCGAGCUAUAUAAUUGGUCCUUGUCCUAUCCCUUUUAACCCUUUUUCGUCUUCAACCACAAUUAUUAAAUAAUGAAUAUUUUGUGUUUAUUUUUCAGCCUGGUUACGUCAUCCUUGUCAUCGCAGUGAUAUUAUACGUCGCUCUGUUUCUUUUUGUCGUUCACCUUGACGACUGGGCUCGUGGCUUGGCAAUUUUAGUUGAGUUCAAAACCAGCCAGGUUAGUUCUAACCAUGCUGUGAGCGAAGACGCUUUUCUCUGAAGAUUAGCUAGUAGCCUCUGCACAAAACAUCUUAAGGCUAAGCCCUCUACAGACAGGCACGUUUUCGUUGAGAAGUUUUCCUUGAAACAUUUUUCUUCACAAGUUUUACCUUCUCGUGUGUACGACAAAAAUUUGACAAUUUUCAAAACUUUUGAGUCUUGUUCCAAAGCUAGACAUGCCAGCUUUUGGACAAGGAAGAUUUGUUCGUGUGUACGGCCGUCAAGGAAAACUUGGCAAGUGUACAAGAAAUUCUUCUGUGGUUUUGGCAAACAAAAGGCGGCCUUGACGUGAGAUAAAUGUUUAACAACACUCCGUGUACACGAGCAACGGAACUUGUCAGGGGAAUCCUGUCAAGGAAACUACUUGUUGACACACGAGAAAGUAAACCUGUCAAGGAAAGCCCGACCGGUCAAACAGGGAUGAGAGAUGACAAACGCGAGUUUGCAUGAGAGUUUUCUCAACUCUCAUGUCCCGGUCAAGCGAGAACAAGAGUUGCAUGAGAGUUGAUGAGAGUUGAGAAGCGAGAGUUUGUAUGAGAGUUUUCUCAACUCUUAUGUCCGGCGGUCUAGCGAGAACAAGAGUUGUAUGAGAGUUGAUGAGAGUUGAGAAGCGAGAGUUUGCAUGAGAGUUUUCUCAACUCUUAUGUCCGGCGGUCCAGCGAGAACAAGAGUUGCAUGAGAGUUGAUGAGAGUUGAGAAGCGAGAGUUUGCAUGAGAGUUUUCUCAGCUCUCAUGUCCCGAUCAAACGAGAACAAGAGUUGCAUGAGAGUUUUGGAGUGAUGACUGACCGAGAUUUUACUUCGCGCGUAGCAAAAACUCGUCAACUUUCAUCAAAAUUUGAACCAGUUCAGAGUUGAUGAGAGUACAUUAGAGUUAACGAGAGCUGGCGAUUAAACGCGAGCCAGAGUUGCAACUCUCAUUAACUGUCAUCCUCGUUUCUCAUCUGGGGCUUUAGAGAAGGAACCAGUAUUAAAGAAUGUUGAUUUUGUUUCUUCGUAUAGAUCAACAAAUUGUUGAGUAUUGAAAUUUGGAGAGACGCGGCCACGCAAGUAUUUUUCAGUCUUGGGAUAGGUUAUGGCACGAUAUUUAUGUUAUCAAGUCAUAACAAAGCAAACUUCAAGUGUAAAACUGCUGCAAUAUAUUAUGGUCUUAUCGACACUACUGUCGGUAUAUGUUCAUGUAUCAUCGUCUUCUCACUGCGCGGAUUCCAAGCUCAUAUUUAUGAUGUUAAAUGCAGGGAGCAACUGAAGGGUUCAAACCAAACAUCGUUGCAGAACCAGAAUUAUCAGUUUUGUAAUCAUUCGUUUCUCUCUCAACCGGUAUGUCAAUACUUCGAAUUAUAAAUCUUUGGGUUUUUUUCUCUGGAUAUGUGGGUAGUUUAUGAACUAACUAAUUAACUAGCAAACUAACUGACCAAUUAACUAGACAACUAACUAAUUAAUUAGCUAACUCACCAACUAAUUAACUAGUCAACUAACUAACUAGUCAACUAACUAACUAACUAAUUAAUUAACUAGCCAAUCGCUAACUAACUAAUUAAGUAAGUAACUAAUUAAUUAACCAAUUCACUAAGUAGUUAACUAGUCAACUAACUAACUAACUAAUUAACUAGCCAACCGCUAACUAACUGCUUAAGAAAGUAACUAAGUAACUAAUUAGCUAACCAACUCACUAGCUAAUUAACUGGCCAACUAACUAAGUAACUAAUUAACUAGUCAAUUAACUAAUUAACUAGCUAACUGACUAACUAAUUAACUAAUUAACUAGCUAACUGACUAACUAAUUAACUAGCUAACUGAGUUACUAGUUAACAAACUAACUAAUUAACUAAUUAACUAGUGAAGUAACUAACUAACUAAUUAAGUAAGUAAGUAAGUAAUUAACUAACUGAUUUACUAGAUAACUGACUAGCUAAUGAACUAACUAAUGAACUAGGGAGCUAAUUAACUAACUAAUUAAGUAGCUAACUAACUAAUGAACUAUCUAAGCAAGCAGCUAAGUAGCCAAGCAACUCUUCCUAACGAAUUACCAUUACUUACCAUAACUUGCCAACUAAUAUUAAAUCACACGAAUUAGCUAAUUAACUAAUUUAAUUGAUAAACAAACUAUAGAUUAAUUUAAAGAAUUUGCCAACCUUUGCUCAGUAAUGUAUCUUCCUGACAAAAAUGUUCCUAUUGUGUAGAUCCCAGAUGCAUUUUCGUUGGCGUUCAUAAGCUGGAGUGACAGUUUUACUCAUAUUGCGCACCCGCCAUUGUGGUCUUCGUUUAGUUAUUUCUUACUUUUCCUCUCUGGCUUGGGAAGCAUGUCAGGAAUGGUGCUCGUCGUGGCUCUGUUUAUACGAGAGAUGACUGCUUUAAAACAACAAUAUGCUGCUGGUAAUAUGAAUUGUACACUUUUUUCGAUUCUAGAGGUCCAGUUAUAUCUAGUUAUAUCUAAAGAAAAAUCAUAAGCGUGUCGUAUCUUUACAUGUGAUAGAGAUUUCCCUUGAUUUACAUAAACUUUAACUUUGAUUUUCUCGACUUAUACAACGUAUUUUUUGAAAAUUACUUUGCCAAUGAACUUACUAAAUCGACUCGUUUUUGAAGAUCUGAUAAAGCACUCUGGUAUUUCCAAGCACCAGCACCCAUGUAUUUUUCUGUUUAUUAUGUAAAGGACAGUCUUUGAAAAGCGAUAAUUUUUACAGAACAGCGAUGAUUGAAAAGCGAUAAUUUUCACAUGUGAUUAUCACUUUUAUCAGUGCUCGAAGUACUAUUUAAAGCACUAUGCUUUAUAUAAUAAAUAGUAGUAAUUUAAUUAAAUUGUGCACUGUAGAAGUAUAAUUCUUAUUGAUAAUCAACAUCAUAAAUAUUGUUUUUCUUUGUAGCUCUUGUGUGCUUCGUCUCGUGUCUUUUGGGAUUAAUAUUCGUCACUGAUAGCGGUCUCUAUGUAGUCAAUCUUUUUCACGGUUACUCCGGUUGUUCAUUGCAAUGGAUCGCCCUGCUCGAAAUUUUGUCAGUAAUCUGUCUCUUUGGCAGGAAAAAGUGAGUGAAAAUAAACGUUGAGAGUUGAAGUUGUAAUACGUAUGUCUUAAUUCGUAUAGGAUAAUAGUGGAUAACUAUUACUGGACCUCUAUAGAGAGCAGUUUGGAACUGAUAAAGCAAUGCAGUAUAAAUAAAGUUAGUUUAGUUUAGGUUUCCUCCUGGAGUAACAUUGUAUCAAUAAGAGAUGAUCCUUACUGGACCUCUAGGGAGAACAGUUUAGAACUGAUCGAACUAUCCAGUGUAAAUAAAGUUAUAGUUUAGCUUAGGUUUCUUCCUGUAGUAACACUGGAUCAAUAGGAGAUGAUCCUUACAGGACCUCUAUAUGGAGAACAGUUUAGAUCUGAUAGAGCUAUCCAGUAUAAAUAAAGUUAUAGUUUAGCUUAGGUUUCUUCCUGUAGUAUACAUUGGAUCAAUAAGAGAUGAUCCUUACUGGACCUCUAUGGAGAACAGUUUAGAUCUGAUAGAGCUAUCCAGUAUAAAUAAAGUUAGUUUAUUUUAUAGGUUUCUUCCUGUAGUGAACACUUGAUCUAUAAGAAAUUAUCCUUACUGGACCUCUGGGGAGAACAGUUUAGAACUGAUAAAGCAAUACAGUGUAAAUAAAGUUAGUUUAGUUUAGUUUUCCUCCUGUAAUACCACUGGAUCAAUAAGAGACGAUCCUUACUGGACCUCUAGGGAGAACAGUUUUGAACUGAUAAAGCAAUACAGUGUAAAUAUAGUUAGUUUAGUUUAGGUUUCCUCCUGUACCUUUAAGAAAACAGGUUAGAACUAACAAAACUAUUCAUUAUAAUAACAAGGAAUUUAGUUCGAUAUUGGCAAGUGAGUUUAUAAGUUUUAUUCUUUUCAGUUUUUGUACAAUGGUUGAAGAAAUGACGGGCGAGAAACUUCAUGUCGUUUGGAUUGUGUGUUGGUUUGUAAUAUCUCCCGCCAUUUUGGUCGCUUUGAUUGUUUUAAGUUUGUACGACUUGGCAAACACUGAGGGAUAUCUGUACAGCGCGUGGCAGCCUUCUACGGUAAGAAUUAACGGCAGCUUGUUGGUCGCACAUUGAUUAAUGCAUGUGUCUUUCAUCACUCAGACUGCGAGCAGUCGAGGCUUAGAAGGCAACACAUCAAGAAACGAAAUACGCCUACUUUUCGCGCCGCGCCUUAGCUCCAAUAUAAAUUAUAUAAUUAUUUUGGCGUUGUGUUUAAGUUACUAUUUAUAGCGCCGUAUCGUAUUGUUUUAAAAGUAAAAAUUUAUUGAUGUACAUAAACUAUAUAGAUAAAGUUAGUUUAAUUUAGACUUCCUCCUGUAGUAACACUGCAUGGAUCGAUAAGAGAUGAUCCUUACUUGACUUCUAGGAAGAACAUUUUAGAACUAAUAGAAUUGUCCAGUGUAUAUAAAUAAAGUUAGUUUAGUUUAGGUUUCCUCUUGUAGUAACACCAGAUCAAUAACGGAUGAUCCUUACUUGACUUCUCGGAAGAAUAGUUUAGAACUGAUCAGUUUAGGUUUCCUUCUGUAGUAACACUGAAUCAAUAAGAGAUGAUCCUUACUGGACUUCUAAGGAGAACAGUUUAGAACUGAUAGAGGUAUCCAGUAUAAAUAAAGUUAGUUUAGUUUAGGUUUCCUCCUGUAGUAACACCGGAUCAAUAAGACAUGAUCUUUACUGGACCUCCAGUAUAAAUAAAGUUAGUUUAGUUUAGGUUUCCUCCUGUGGUAACACUGGAUCAAUAAGAGAUGAUCUUUACAGGAUCUCUGGGAAGAACAGUUUAGAACCGAUAAUCUAGCAGUCGUAAUUGAUAUAUGACGUUAUAUUCACUUCCAGGGAAUGCAAGAUCUUUUCUAUCCAGUUUGGUGUUACGUGCUCAUCGCUUUAUUCUGUAUUAUUCCUCUCGUUUUAAUUUUGGGCGUGUUUAUUAUAUAUGCCGUGAAAUCACGUCACAUGCUAUUCGAGAUGUGCCACAAUUCAUGGAAACGCAUGUGGUACUGGUGUCGGAAACAAGAGGAAUACGAACUACAGGAUUUCACAGAAGCGCAGAGGUGUUAUCAAACAGGAGAGCAAGUCCUCUUGGAUCGCAUAGACGCAAAUUUUCCUGAACUUCUAUCAUUUGAUAAUAUUCAAGGACCUGUUACUACGAAUGGUCAUAUUCAUGCUUUAACUGGUGACGGGAAUUACAGAACUAUGCCAGGAAACAACAAUGUUGACCAUAGUGGACCAACGCGGCAUUUGAGUAUUUGAGAGCCAUGGAUUCAUAAAUGCUUGACGCGAUUCGCGAGGAGACCAGCUCGUUUCAACAUGAAAUGACCAAAGAAAAUCCCAUGGUCAAAGCUAGUGGCCACCGAGGUGUAAUCGAAUUCGCAACCUUUCCCCUAUGGAAGAAUAAACCACAAGUUGUAGUACUUGUACAAAACUUGUAUCUAAGUUCUGCUUGUGUGUGCAUCACAAUCAGCGUGCGCGUUUUGUGCCCAGCGUGCUGCUCGCCAUUUUGCGCGAGUCAUGACUUAUGAAACUUAUCCAACAGGGGCCGGUUGUAUAAAAACGUAAUUAGCGCUAACUGUAGUUAGCGUUAAUCACUGUAGUUAAAUCCUUAACUGUAAUUAGUUAACUACAUGACUUAACUGCGUUGCACAAAACGUAGUUAGUCGGAUAGUUAACUAAUCACGUAGUUAACUGUGCGUGGGGCUUGCGUGGGGCGUUUAAACAAAAAAUUACAUAAAGUAAGCAGCGAGUAACGACCGCUGACACACAUUUUCAACACGAUUGUGUAUUCGUGUUUUGCAAAUAGGCGG